AUUUGAACGAGAUGGCGCACCAUUAUGUGUCGGCGCGCGGGGCCGCGCAGCUUCCUAAGUACAAGUACAGCGGCAACGACAAGUCGUUGCUGUAUAACUACUUCCUCUCACCACUGGCUCAGCGAAUUGUUGACACGUUCUUUCCUCCUUGGCUCGCUCCCAACACGAUCACGACGGGCGGUCUUGGACUUGUCGCGUUGUCGCAUUUGAUUCUUGCGUACUACGCGCCGACUCUCGAUGGCGUGGCGCCUCCUGCAGCUUACCUGUUCAGCGCGGCAGCGUUGUUCUGGUACCAAGUGCUGGACGUGACGGACGGGAAACAAGCCCGAAAGACUGGAAACUCGUCGCCGCUUGGGCUGCUGUUUGAUCAUGGAUGCGAUGCCGUCAACGUCGUCUUUAGCGCAUGCACGAUGACGUCGACCAUGCUCAUGGGUCCUUCGAUUUGGUCGUUGGGGUUGCUCUUGUCGCCGUCGUGCGUGUUUCUCUUUGCCACAUGGGAAGAAUACUACACCGGAACGCUCGACCUGGGCCUCAUCAACGGGCCCAACGAAGGUCUUGCGAUCAUGUACAUCAUAUACGCUAUCACGGCCAUGACUGGGCCGGCGUUCUGGACUCAGCCAUGCGUAGUCUACCCAGCCCUCCCGAACAAUGCCGUAUUUGUAAUCGCGACGGCCUUUGGUGCGGGAGGUCAGUGCCUCGUCAACGUGUUCAACGUGGCGCAAGCCGUCAAGCCAUCGGAAUUCGUUGGCGCGCUCGGUCGCAUUGCCCCGUUCAUCGCGUUCCUCGGGGCAUCCCUUGCGUAUGGCGUCUACUCGCCGUCCAACAUCUUGGCAUCUCAUCCUCGCCUGUUCCUCUGGACUAUUGGAUUGAUCUCGUGCAAGAUGGUCAUGCACAUCAUGCUGGCGCACUUGUGCGAGGAACCGUACUGGCUGGUGCGCAAGUCGUUCGCUGUGAUUGUCGCCAUCGUCGGCCUCUUCUACGCCGGCCUGAUCCCUGUGGCCCUCGAAGAAGCCGCCUUCUUUGCCGUGUUUGCACUCGUCGUUGCCGUGUACGCGCACAUGGUGUUCUUCGUUGUGGUGGACAUGACAACGAUCUUAAAGAUUAAGGUGUUUACGGUGAAGGAAAAGCAAUAGCGCUGUAGGUUUCCAGGCGUAGCUAACGUGAACAAGCAACGAUCGAUCGAGAGACAUGGUCGACAAGACUGCA